CCGCGAUGGUGAGCGAGCGCGGGCGCGGGCGGCCGGGGUGCAGGCACAGCCAGGGAUCGUGCUGGGACCCUCCAGGGGUGCAUCCCUGCCGCCCCCCGCCAUGCCCACAGCUGCCCUCCGCCUGCUCUGUGGUGUGGUGGUGCCGGCUGCCAUGCUCUGCGCCGAGCCCCUGCCCCGCGUCGCUUUCCUCGGCGGAGACCCCCGACGGUCCCUGACCCAUUUCAGCCAGGACAACGUCUCCCACUACGACAUCUUCCUCCUGCACGAGAGCGAGGAGGAGCUGUACGUGGGGGCGCGGGACCGGGUGCUGGCCCUCAACAUCAGCAACCCGGGCAGCAUCCGUGCCAAAGCCUCGAUAAUGUGGGGACCCACGGCUGAGAAAACCUCCGAGUGUGCUUUUAAGAAGAAGAGCCAGGAGACCGAAUGCUUCAACUUCAUCAGGGUCCUUGUAGCUGUGAACCAAACCCACCUCUACGUCUGUGGGACCUACGCCUUCAGCCCCGCGUGCACGUACAUCCGCCUGGAGAACUUCACGCUGGUGUCCAGUGGCAGGGGACAACCUUUCCUGGAUGGGAAGGGCCAGUGCCCCUUCGACCCCCAGCACACCCACACGGCGCUGCUGGUGGACGGUGAGCUCUACGCUGGCACCAUGAACAACUUCCAGGGCAACGAGCCCAUCAUCUCCCGCUCGCUGGGCAGCCGGACCCUGCUCAAGACGGACGCCUUCCUCCGCUGGCUUUCGGCCGACGCCGCCUUCGUGGCCUCCUUCAGCAUCCCUGGAGAUGACAAGGUCUACUUCUUCUUCGAGGAGACGGCGGAUGAGUUCGAUUUCUUCGAGCGGCUCCUGGUGCCGCGGGUGGCCCGUGUCUGCAAGAGUGACGUCGGGGGGGACAAGGUGCUGCAGAAGAAGUGGACCACGUUCCUGAAAGCCCAGCUGGUGUGUUCGCAACCCGGCCGCUUCCCCUUCAACGUCAUCCAUCACGCCUUCGCCCUGCCCCGCCACCAUGGCGGGGCCGACUUCUACGCCGUCUUCACCUCGCAGUGGCAGGCGGGCAGCGCCGCCGUCUGUGCCUACAGCCAGGAGGCCCUGGAGGAGGUCUUCGAGGGCAAGUACAAGGAGCUGAACAAGGAGAGCUCCCGCUGGAGCGUCUACAGUGGCCCCGACAUGAGCCCCCGCCCCGGCAGCUGCUACAUGGGCCCCUCCUCCGACAAAGCCCUCACCUUCAUGAAGGACCAUUUCCUCAUGGACGGGAAGGUGUCACCCACCCAGGGGCGGCCGCUGCUGGUGAAGACGGACGUCACCUACACGCGCAUCGCGGUAGACGAGAUCCGUGGCGUCUCAGGGACCACCUACCGCGUCAUGUUCCUGGCCACUGCGGAGGGUUUCCUGCACAAAGCGGUGGAGCUGCCCAGGGGUCCCCACAUCGUGGAGAGCAUCCAGCUCUUCGGGACGCCGGAGCCGGUGAAGAACCUCCUGCUGGCCCCGGGGAAGGGGAUGCUCUACGUGGGUUACUCUGGUGGCGUCCUCCAAGUCCCGUUGGCCAACUGCAGCCUGCACCGGAGCUGCGCCGAAUGCGUGCUGGCGCGGGACCCGUACUGCGCCUGGCACAGCCUCGAGGGGUCCUGCCAGCCCACCCGCGCCGCCCAGGACACGAGCGCGUGGCUGCAGGACGUCGAGGCAGGGAGCCCGGCCACCGUGUGCCACCGCGGGAGGAGCGUGGCCAUGCCCCGAGCCUGGGGGGCACAGGAGGAUCCCCCCGCAAAGAGGCUGACCCCCCCGCUGAACGCCGUGGUCCGUCUGCCGUGCCCCCACCGUUCCGCCCUGGCCACCUACCGCUGGCAGCAGCCGGGGGGGGGCCGGGGGGCCACGGCGCUGCUGCCGGACCACACGCUGGUGGUCAUCGUGCAACGGGGCACCGCCGGCACCUACACGUGCCAGGCCACCGAGAACGGCUACACGUGGCCCGUGGCUCAGUACCACCUGCGGGACCCCAGCACCCCCGAGGAGGGUUUGCCCUGGGGGGGCUCAGCCCCCAGCCCCCAGUACUCUUACUGGCCCCAGUUUGUCACCGUCACCGUGCUGCUGGCCGUGACGCUGGCGGCCGCCGCCGGCCUGGCUCUCCUGGGCUACCAUGACCAGCUGAAAGCCAGGAGCAAGGUGAGGGGGUGCAGCGCGCCCCGCAGCCCCCCCGGCCAGCGCCGCGAGAAGGUGCCCCUCAAUGGGGGCACCCCGGAGCCCCCCACGCCCGGAGCCCCCACCGAGGAGGAGGAGGACGACGAAGGCUCCCGUGCUUGCUGCCUCCAGCUCGACGGGGACGUGGAUGCUGAUAACAACAGGGUCCGCGUGGCGGGGCGGGACACGGUGUGAUGGCGAUGAUGGG